UCUCAUCCUCACAUUUUCUCCUCAAUAAUCUCUUCCUCAUUCCCUAAAUUCAUUUCAAAACCAGCCCACAUCAUAUUAGUCCUUUCACCUAAUUAAACUAACAAGAAAGAUAAAAAAAAAUGGCAUUAUCGACCCGUGAACAAAAUGUCUAUAUGGCAAAACUAGCAGAACAAGCAGAACGCUACGACGAAAUGGUUGAAUUCAUGGAAAAAGUAUCAGAAACCGACGAACUAACAGUUGAGGAACGUAACUUGUUAUCUGUUGCGUACAAGAAUGUUAUUGGUGCUCGUCGUGCCUCGUGGAGAAUUAUUUCGUCGAUUGAACAAAAAGAGGAAUCUCGUGGUAAUGAGGACCACGUGACUGUGAUUAAAGGUUAUAGGUCCAAGAUUGAAGAAGAGCUUACCAAGAUUUGUGAUGGGAUUUUGAAGCUUCUUGACUCUAGAUUGAUUGCUUCCGCGUCUACUGGUGAUUCUAAGGUCUUUUAUUUGAAAAUGAAGGGAGAUUAUCAUAGGUAUUUGGCGGAAUUUAAGACCGGUGGGGAAAGAAAAGAGGCUGCUGAGAGUACUCUCACAGCUUAUAAGUCUGCGCAGGAUAUUGCAAACAGUGAACUUGCCCCAACACACCCAAUCCGCCUAGGACUGGCUCUCAACUUCUCCGUCUUUUACUAUGAAAUUUUGAACUCUCCAGACCGAGCUUGUGGCCUUGCCAAACAGGCAUUUGACGAAGCAAUCGCUGAGUUGGAUACCUUGGGUGAAGAGUCAUACAAAGACAGCACCUUGAUCAUGCAAUUGCUUCGUGACAACCUCACUUUAUGGACAUCCGAUAUGCAGGAGGAUGGAGCUGAUGAAAUUAAGGAAGCACCUGGUGCAAAGCAAAGUGAGGAACAACCAGCGCAGUGAAGACUUGAAACCUCAUGUUAAAAUUCUUAUCUUUAUUCUUAUUUCAUUGGGAGAAUUACAUUGCAUUUGGUUUUCUAAUUUCUUCAUCUUUAUGUUAUCUUUAUGAGUUUCUUUAUGCCAACAUCUAACUCUAGUUUCAAUCGCUUCAAUUUCCUGUAUGUUGAAUGAAUUUGAUUUGUUUACGAAA